AUGACUACGUCAAUUCAGCGGAAGAUGGAUGUCAACCUCCCCUUGAGUGAAGUUAAGGAUGACAUCCAACAGCUAAAGAUCAAUAACGCAGCUAGGAAGGAUGGUAUCGGAGCUGAUCUCAUCAAGAUAGGCCUGGAAAAGCUAGCCCCUUGCCUGCACAAACUGAGAGUCAGAAUUUGGGAAACUGAACAGCUACCGGAGGAGUGGAAAGAAGGGGUAUGCCUCAUCUACAUGGAAGGCGACAAGCCAAUGUCGUGUUCGGAGGAGGCGGCUUCAUCCGAAUCAGCCGUCUCCAGCUGCUGCCCGAUUCGCAGCAGCUCAGAAGCAUUACUUCUUCCCACGAAAUACAUCACAAAACUGAAGGCUAACUCCGCUCAUCUGUCACUCACACAUCUGGCACUCAUGUCCAAUAUCGUUCAAAAAAGUCUCAGUGUGAUCAACGAAGAAUGUGGUUUAUACAGUCCACCGGACCUUUGUCUUGAGCGAUGCGUCACGUUGCUGACUCGUGACUGGAACGAAACCGUUGGACUGAGUCUCGUUUAUGACCGUUUCUUCGAACCGGAUCCAACCGAUCGGUGCAACACCAAUCGGACGCUCAGAUGUUUACAAGAAAUUGAUGCUGGCAUAGCUCCACAGGAGAAAUGUCGUCGCGCCGCCGGUUCCGUCCAGUGCUACAUGGACCAGUAUGGGCGGGUGAAUUUGGAGGCUGCCAGAUUUGUGCCGCCCACGCCUUUGCAACAGAUGCUGAUCAUCUGGGAAUGCGGCGCCAUGCUUGGAUAUUCGGGCAAUCAAAUUCUCGGCUCAAUUGCCGAUUCCAAGUUCGACAUGCAGGAAACACGCUGUCUCUUUCGGUGCUAUUUGAUUCGCAGCGGAAUGUAUUCCGACACGGACGGACUCAACAUGGAACGGUUCUACGUCGCAUGCGGUGGGUAUGAAGAUGAGUUCUACCGUGCUGUGAGGCAAUGUACGAAUCGGGUGCGAAGUUCAACCCCUUGCGAAGACCGGUGUACGCUGGCUCAGCGGCUGGCAGUGGAAUGUAUCGGGGAACGGUACAAUCAAAAGUUGGACGCUGGGCCGACCAAUAUCAUGGCGAACAAUGGAUCCACUGUUAUAUAUUCGAUUGUACAGAAUUAUGCUGGGAAUGAUAUUAACAAUAACUACUUCGUUAAAGGUGGAUAA